AAUUUAUUCGGUUCUCAUGAAUAUUUCUCCUUUUUAAAUAUUUAUCUUCAAGUAUCUAUAAAAUGAUCUCGAGCCAUUUAACAAUUUUUAUCAUCCUGCAAAAGAUAUGCCAAGUCAAAUGCAGUACUUAAAAUUUUAUUUUUAUUAAUCAUGUCAACAUCAUUUCUUAAAAAGUACAAAGUUAUUAGAAAAAUAGGAGAAGGCUCUUUUUCAGAAGUAUUAAAAUGUCAAGACAGACUCACUGGAGUUUAUUAUGCAGGCAAAAGACUGAAAAAGAUUUAUCAUACAGCUGAUGAAAUUCUUAAAAUUCCGGAGAUAAUUGCUAUGAGAAAGAUCAGUCGUCAUCCAAAUGUUUUGUACAUGAUCGAAUCACAUUAUGAUCCUUUGCCAGGAAAAGUCACUUUAAUCUUUGAUUUAAUGGACAUGAACCUUUAUGACAUGAUAAAAAAAUGUAAAAAUCGGAUAAUGAGUGAGCAGAAAGUGAAAAUGUAUCUUUAUCAGCUGCUGAAAGGCUUGGAACAUUUACAUAAGCAUGGAAUGUUUCAUCGUGACAUAAAGCCAGAAAAUAUACUUCUAAAGGGUGAUGUGAUUAAACUAGCAGACCUUGGUUCUAUUCGAGCAAUUUCCAGUAAACCUCCUUACACUGAGUACAUAUCAACAAGAUGGUAUCGAUCACCAGAAUGUUUAUUAACAAAUGGACAUUACGGUCCCAAAAUGGACAUAUGGGCAACUGGAUGUGUUUUUUAUGAAUUAUUAACAUUAAAACCUCUUUUUCCUGGCUCUGAUGAAGUUGAUCAAAUAACCAAGAUCCAUACGAUUUUAGGAACUCCUCAUGCAAAAGUUAUAGCUAAAUUUCGAAGACAUAGUAGAGCGAGAAAUGGAGAAUAUUUUUUUCCACACAAGGAAGGAAUUGGAUUUAGAAAUCUACUGUAUUAUGUCAGUGAAACAGGCCAAGAACUUUUAAAAAUGAUGCUUGUUUAUGAUCCUGAAAAUAGAAGUGAUGUGAAAAGUCUUUUAGAACACAGAUAUUUCAACAGUUUCAGAGAAAAAUACACCCCUAGACAUAUAAGCACACUGACAUUGCCAUCAAUUCCGCUGGAAUGGCAUAAUUCUUCUGUUAUGAAUUAUUUUUCAUCUGAAAGUUAUAAACGACACAAACCUCUUAAUACACGAAGAUUUAAAGUAGUUGAUGAUGAACCUUUGAAGCUUCCUAAGAUCUCUGUAUCAAAUUCGAAUUCUCAUCAGAAUUUUUUAACAUACAAUUCUAGUCUUUCUAAAUUUAAUAAAUCUUAUAGUAAUAGGAGAAAUUCAAAAAAAUUUUCUAUUCAGGAUUCGUCAAGAGUGUCUCAGGAUUCUUGGAGAACUACUCAUAUCAUUCCAUUAAAAAGAGAUCGACUAAACGAAUCAUCAAAAUCCGCCGUACAUUUCGAAAUAAAAUCAUCUUCGAUUGGUUCCGAGAAUAUAAAAUACUCACAAAAAUCUAAAAAUACUGAAACCAAAUAUUUUUCAAAACAAAAUUUAUCGCCUUUUUCUUCUCGAUACAGUCUUCAAGAACAUAACUUAUAUCCAAACAAUAAGCAAAAAAUUGAUAGCAAAAACAGUAAAACACAUGAAUCCAUGUCUGGAUUUUUGCCACAAAUAAUUUUAAAACCUGAACGUUGUCGACCUUCUCUUGCAACAAUUCCAACUCCUCGACAAAAAACUUACAAAAAAGUUGAUGAAAAACGUAAUAUAAAAUUAGUUACAAUAACAGAAAUAUGUUCUACUCUCCCGCAUACACGAUCUUCAAACAUUCAAAGUCCGGCGAAAAAAAUUGCAAAACAUGAAACAGAUUCAAAGUUUUUAAGAAAAAAAUAACCUGUUUCUAAAAUUCAAUA